AUGAAAGAAGGAGCAACAAUUGGAAAACGCUUGAGUGAAUUUAAUCCUGUUGCUGCACAAUUCAGGUCUCUAAAAGUCAUGUUCGAUGAAGAAGUUUUACAUUUUCUCUUGCUGAGUUCUUUACCUCUUAGUUCGGAUACCUUGAAUAAGCAAAGGGCUAAGAGCAAGAAUAACAAUGUUGAAGCAAGUACUGUAGCUGAUGGUGAAGAAGGGGUCACUUUUACUGUUGCAUUUGAGCAAUUGGAUGACUUUGGUUUCAUUGUAACUUUUGGAAGUGGAUCAUGGAAGAUUUCACAAGGUAGCAUGACAAUCUUAAAGAGGCAAAAAGAUGGAACUCUCUACAUUCUUCAUGGCACGACUCAAAGGAAUGAUGUUAUAGAGCAGAUCGUUGCUAUGACUGAUGAAUAUUCUGGAAAGUGUUGGUUGUAUCCUUUGACAUUCGAGGAUCAAGUUUUUGAUGUUUUCAAAGCUAAGCUCAUGUUGCACAUUGAGAAGUAUGCUUCAUUGCCCUCACAGAAAAAGACAAAAAGAGGGGGCCUGCUGGGGGGGGGUUGGCUUUUGUUUCUUGUAGAACUUCAGAAUCUUAUGGAUUGCCCUGUGGUCUCCACUUGUAAGAUUGUAGGUGGUGCAGCAGCAUAUUUACUGACUGGAUUCUUUGCCGCUAGGCGCUAUCUUGUGCUCUUAUUGGCAUCAGCUUCCAUCAUUACUUGGCUCAAUUUGAGCAAUGAUGUUUAUGAUUAUGAUACUGGGGCUGACAAAGACAAGAAAGAAUCCGUGGUGAACAUUUUUGGCAGUCGUGGAAUGACCCUCUAUGCUGCCUUUGCUCUCCUAGCCUCAGGCUUUGUUGGACUUGUUUUUGCUUCUAUAGAAGCGGGAAGCAUUUCUCGUAUUAUGUUAUUAACAGGUGCUAUAAUGUGUGGCUAUGCCUAUCAGUGUCCUCCAUUUCGAUUGGGAUACCUGGGACUUGGGGAACCGUUGUGUUUUAUCCCAUUUGCCCCUCUUGCCACCACUGCAUUUUAUUUGUCUCAAAGCAAUAAAAGUGUUACAGUCCUUCUUCCAUUAAAUGGCACAGUUCUAUCAGCAGCUAUCCUUGUUGGCAUUUCAACCUCUCUGAUUCUAUUUUGCAGCCAUUUUCAUCAGAUUGAAGGAGUUCUGGCUGUGGGUAAAAUGUCUCCCCUGGUCCGAAUUGGAACUGAGAAGGGAUCGAAGGUGGUGAAGUUCAGCAUUUUGACACUUUAUUCCUUUCUAUUUGUUUUGGGUGCAUUGAGGUCUCUUCCUUUAAAAUGUGUCGUCCUCUGCACAUUAACCCUCCCGAUUGGAAAGCUAGUUGUUGACUACGUUCAAGAUAACCAUAACGUAAGCACGAAGAUUUUUAUGGCCAAGUAUUACUGUGUGCGCCUUCAUGCUUUAUUUGGAAUUGCUCUGGCUAUUGGACUAGCCAUGGCUAGAAGGAUGGCUCAUUUUUUAAUGAAGAGAUGCAAAUGGGCCAUGACAGAGAAGGAAAAGCUCGAAGAAAAGGAGAAGCAGUGUGAAUGUAAAGAAAAGUAA